AUGAAAAAAGAUAAGCUAAUGCAUGCCAUCAUAACUCGAUCUUUACAGAAAAAUCUCUAUGACCAGAGUGAGUCCAGGCUUGCUCGUUUGCUUUGGGGUCAGAACCACACAGUUGAUGAUGCUUGUACGUGGCUAAGCAGCGCGCUGGCGCACCACAGGACUUUUUUGGAUGGAUUGGAAGAGAAGGGAGUUGUUCAAUCCCCUGCAGGGAUUCAUUAUUUAACUAGAUUUCUCGGUGAGGCCUUGCAAAUGUGUAACAGGAAGAAGGUUAGAAGCGUUAGAAAGGGACCACCAGGUAAAGCAAGAUUCAAUCAAAAUGGUGGAAUUAUAGCAUCAUCGAGUACAGCAACUUCCAAGGCAGAUUUUGUUGUGGCACAAGAUGGCUCUGGCACACACAGCACAAUUAAUGAAGCAUUAGCUGCACUUGCCAGAAUGAGUGAUAGCCGACCAGAAAGAGUAAUAAUCUACGUAAAAUCAGGAGUCUAUAACGAAAGGGUUGAGAUCGAACAUCACAUGAAGAACAUAAUGUUCGUUGGCGAUGGCAUAGGAAGAACCAUUGUUACUGGCAGCAGAAAUGUCCCAGAUGGCUCUACCACCUCAACUUCAGCCACAUUUGGUGUGUCAGGGGAUCGGUUUUGGGCAAGAGAUAUGACAUUUGAGAACAGUUUUGGUCCCCAUAAACACCAAGCAGUGGCUCUACGAGUGAGCUCAGACCUCUCAGUUUUUUAUGGCUGCAGUUUUAUAGGUCACCAAGAUACACUCUUUGUGCUCUCCCUGAGACAAUUCUAUCGCGAUUGUCAAACACAUGGCACCAUUGAUUUCAUAUUUGGUGAUGCCGCAGCAGUCUUUCAGAACUGCGACAUCUUUCUAGGAAGACCAAUGGAUCAUCAAGCAAAUAUGAUAACAGCACAAGGAAGAGACAAUCCCAACGAAAACACUGGAAUUUCAAUUCAAGGAUCGCGUGUUAGGCCAUCUCAGGAAUUUGUACCUGUCAAAGAUUUGUUCAAGACUUACUAAGGCAGACCAUAAAGAAAAUAUUCCAGGACAGUGUUUAUGAAGACUGAUCUUGGUGGAAUUAUAAAUCCAAAGGGUUGGACAGAAAGGUAUGCGAGUUUUGCUCUUUCCACUUUGUAUUACGCAGAGUAUUUAAAUGGAGGAGCUGGUGGUUCUACCAAAAAUACGGUGAAUUGGUCUGGUUUUCAUGUGCUUAAUAGUCCACAGCAGUCUGCCUUUUUUACUGUGAGUAGCUUCAUUCAGGGGAACUCAUGGAUCCCCGCCACUGGUGUGCCGUUUUGGCCUGGAAUUUAACAGGCUUCAUAUAUAAUAAUGACUAGGGACUCAUGUAUCUAAUAAUGCCUCUUUCUCGUUGAGUUG